AUGGAAACCAUGGUAGAAAUUAUAAAUCCUGCAACGUCUUAUUAUAAAAGUCGUAUAGAGCAAUUAAAAGUUGCUAUUUCAUCUCAACAAUUAAAUAUUAGACGUCUACAUGCACAGAGAAAUGAGUUAAAUUUUAAAGUUAGAGAAUUACGUGAAGAAUUGCAAUACUUACUAGAAUCUAAUAGCUAUGUUGGAGAAGUAAUUAAAGUUAUGGGACGUAAUAAAGUUUUAGUAAAACUAAAUCCAGAAGGUAAAUUUUUAGUUGAUAUUGCAAAAAAUAUUGAUAUAUCUCAAUGUACUACAAAUACAAGGGUUGCAUUAUUAAGUGAUUCAUUUAAACUUCACAGAAUAUUCCCAAGUAAAGUAGAUCCAUUAGUAUCAUUAAUGAAAGUUGAAAAAGUGCCAGAUAGUACAUAUGAUAUUGUUGGAGGAUUAGAUGAACAAAUAAAAGAAAUAAAAGAAGUUAUUGAACUUCCAAUAAAACAUCCCGAAAUAUUUGAAAGUUUAGGUAUUGCCCAACCAAAAGGUGUGUUAUUAUAUGGACCACCAGGUACAGGUAAAACAUUAUUAGCAAGAGCUGUUGCACAUCAUACAGAUUGUACAUUUAUCCGAGUAUCUGGGUCUGAAUUAGUUCAAAAAUAUAUUGGUGAGGGAAGUCGUAUGGUUCGUGAAUUAUUUGUAAUGGCAAGAGAACAUGCUCCAUCUUUAAUAUUUAUGGAUGAAAUAGAUUCUAUUGGAUCUCAAAGAACUGAAGGAGAAACUGGAGAUAGUGAAGUACAAAGAACAAUGUUAGAACUUCUUAAUCAACUUGAUGGUUUUGAAUCAACACAAAAUAUUAAAGUUAUUAUGGCUACAAAUCGUAUUGAUAUUUUAGAUGAUGCACUACUUAGACCUGGUCGUAUUGAUAGGAAAAUAGAAUUUCCAAAUCCAAAUGAAGAUGCUCGUUAUGAAAUUUUGAAGAUUCAUAGUAGAAAGAUGAAUCUUGUACGUGGAAUUGAUUUAAGGAAGAUAGCUCAACAAAUGCAAGGUGCUUCUGGUGCUGAAUCAAAAGCUGUAUGUACGGAAGCUGGUAUGUUUGCAUUAAGGGAAAGGAGAAGACAUGUUACUCAAGAAGAUUUUGAUAUGGCUGUAUCAAGAGUUAUGAAAAAAGAUAGUGAUUGGAAUAUGAGCCUAAGGAAAUUAUGGAAGUAA